UCAUGACACUGCCCAUCAUCCGGCGGCCCGCCUUGGGCUUCCUCCAUCACCACCACCGCCACCACCAGCACUUCCACCACCACAACCACCUCGUCCAGCCCGCCGCUCUGUCACGACAGGCGCACCCCCUCGCCACAUACCCACGACAUGUCCACUCACGGCCCUUUUCCUCCUCCUCGCCGUGCCGCUGUCACCAGCAGCAGCAGCAGAAGAAGCGCGCGUCCGACCCGCUGCGCAUCCUCUUCUGCGGCUCCGACGACUUCAGCUGCGCGUCGCUGCGCGCGCUGCAGGCGGAGCGCGCGCGCGACCCGGCGCUCGUCUCGGCGCUCGACGUCUUGGUGCUGCCACCGCGGCGCACGGGCAGGGGCUUCAAGCAGCUGCGCGAGGUGCCGUGCAAGGCCGUCGCGGAGGAGCUCGGGCUGAGGGUGCAUCAGCGGGAGACGUUUCGCAACUGGAAUUUGCCCGACGGGACGAACCUCGUCGUUGUAGUCUCGUUUGGACUGUUUGUGCCGCCGAGGAUAUUGAACUCGGCCAAGUACGGCGGGCUGAAUGUUCACCCGUCAUUUUUGCCAGAUCUACGAGGCCCCGCGCCCAUCCACCACGCCCUCCUGCGUGGUGACUCGCACAUCGGCAUCACCCUGCAGACCCUCGACGACAAGCAGUUUGACCACGGCGCCAUCCUCGCGCAGACUCCGCACCCCGGCAUUUCCGUGCGGCCAGGCGCUCCGCUGCAGGAGGUCAUCCAGGACGCGGCGGCCCGGGGUGCUGAGCUGCUCGUGCAGGGUCUGCGGAAUGGGCUCCACGUGCCGCCGUACGAGAGCCUGCUGGAGCAGCAGCAGCGGCGGCCGCCGCAGGGUCAGCCGCUCGCGCACGCACCCAAGGUGACCAAGGCGGACGCGCAGGUCGACUGGGACGCCUGGACGUCGGGCGAGGAGUUUGCGCGGCGGGCGCGCGUGUUCGGCUCGGUGUGGACGCACGCGGUGAAUGACGCCGGGCACGAGAGGCGCGUCCUCUUCCUCGAUGCGGAGCCAGUGGGCGCCGGGAACUUGCGUGGGGAGGAGGUCAUUGUUGAGUUUGCGCACGAUGACGGGUCGGGCGAGGACUGGGCGACGCAUCUGAGGAGGGUCAUCGUGGACGAAGCCUCGGGAACAUGCGCGGUGAGCGUCGGCAAGGCAGUGGGAGUGGAGGAGGAGGGGGAGGGAGAUGGAGCCGAUGCCAACUGCCGAGAGUGGCUCAUGGUCCGACGGGUCAAGGUGGAUGGCAAGAAGGAGCAAAAUGCUGCAACUGGGCUUCGGCCAUUCCUGAGGAGGCCGCCCCUGUGAAGCGAAGCGAAGCUAGGCGAGGCUUCGACGAAGUUUUCAAGGGGGGCCGCUGUCCUUGUGAGGCGAAGCCCAAGGGUCGACAAGGAAGGCUUCGAAUGCUGGCUGGCCUCGUACUCCGUAUCGAGGAAUGGAACUCGACUGCGGCGGGGUCGACCCAGUAUAUACCUACUGGACUGGCCUAUGCCAGGGCCCCUGGAAUCGCCGUCGUAUUCUCAGAUGCAACUUGGCCUGCCUGGAACCCAACACCACGGCGCUGGAUCUCUUGUGCCGAGGCGGGCCCCUUCGCCGCGGAUGCCGUGUCCAGGAUCUGCGUCGAGGGAAUCGCGCCAUCGCGCCUCUCCACUUGGAAGCAUGAGUACGGCAAGAACAUAUCAGACGUCGUACCCUUUGCCUCCCUGGAUCAACCUAGCAUCUUCUACGUAUUUUCCGUUUGCGACUUGCGACUUACGACUCGGUAGAUCGUACGAGAAUGUGUCUAUGUGAGAUUGAGGUACUGUCACUGCCUCCAGGGUGAGCCCACCGGCGCGACGGGAAUAGCACGCGGAAGGGAGGAGGAAAUGGACCCGCGGAACUCGUCCGGGCGUCUUCGUUUGUUGGUGUCCACCGAACGAGGGGCUGGGCUGGGUCUUGAGACUUUGUACGUCGUACUUUGUACAUACUUACUACAUA